UAUUGAAAGUAAACUGUAAUUGAAAAAUAAAAAUAAAAAACACACAAAAUAAAAUAAAAUGGAACCAGUGUUGAGCCAAGGUAAAAAUGUAAUUAGUAAAAUGUAACUAGUAAAAAUUUAGUUGCUUUAUAAAAUGACUUCUGAAAGCCGAUCCUUUAUUACCAUCUAUCAUCUGAAUAGUCACAGUUGCACAAAAAUGGAAAUAGCUUAGGUAUUUUUGCUGCCUUGGAAAAUUAUGACUUCAUGGUCAGAGUAUAUCAGGAUGGCUUCAGCACUUUUAGUUUCUUAGAAAUAUUCUAAUUAUGCAUUCCUGGCAUCACAGUCACAGGAAAAAGCUAACAGGGACCUCUGUUAUGUCUCAAAGUAAUCUCAACCUUCCUGUUGUAGUUUAUUGCCAUAAAACUUACCUAGAGAAUUUAAUUUCUUGGAUGAUGUGUUCAUGAAACUAACCAUGUAUUUUGUAGGGCCUUCCUUGACACUUUGGGGUAUGCUGUGACUAACUUGUGUAUAGUGAGCAAUUGUUAUGUUGAGAGUUGCUUUUAUAAGGCCCAGGGUCAUGAGUGAUGUGGUAUGGAGUAUCCUAGCAGUGGAAGCUGACAGCAAAGGCAUGACCUUUCUGACUGUGAACAAGAUAUGCUGCCAGGUACAGCCCCUGACAAACACAGCUUGGUUAUUUGAGAGGAGGGGGUCAGGGGGCUCCUGGGGAAAUGCUGGACUGACAUUGCUGAGACUUGCAGCCCAAGAGCAAAGCUAAAACUCUUCUCCUGCAAAUCACUUGCAAACAAAAGAGGUGAUCAGAGCUAGGUGUUCUUUGCAGUUGUGUUUCAGCUGUGACAAAAAGAAACAAUUCAAGCAAAUAAUCCAAAAUACAGGUGGGAUCUCAUUGUGGUAAAAUCCAUUAGUGAUAAUUACAGUGCAAGAAAUAAUGAAGCUGGUGCUGUUUCCAAUACAGUAAAAUAUAAGUACAGUUAAACUGAGGCUCAUGACACCAGUAAAGUUCCCAUCAACAUUUAAUUUAUGUUAAUUGUUACCAGAAAAGACUACAUUUACCAUAUUUAAUACUCUUGAAAUAACUCAAUCAGUUUGGUGUAUAGUGUUACUUUAUAAAACUUUAAAACUGCUUUGCCUUCACAGUUAUCGUCCAACUCAGACUUUUUUUGUCCAGCAGAGGUUGUAUUUGCUUUCAGAGAAUUCUAGUUGGAAAGUCAACUCACUCUGUCCACCCAGAUAAUGUGAGAGAAAAAGAUCAACAUCACCUCUAGAGCUGUGUGUAUCUUGAAUAAAGCUGCUUGUUCAAAUUCCAAUAUAACAGGAGAUGGCAGGCCGAGCACUAAAGCAGACGGGCAGCAGGAGUAUUGAAGCUGCGCUGGACUACAUCAGCAAGAUGGGCUACCUGGACCCGAGGAAAGAGCAGAUCGUGCGGGUCAUCAAGCAGACCUCCCCAGGAAAGAGCUUGGCAUCCACCUCUGUGCCACGGAGGCCAAGCUUUGAAGGAGUAGGAGAUCCCUUCCCUCCCUACCAUCGGAUGAGCGGGGUCUACGAUGAGGAGGUGCCCCGGCAGUACAUGGACUUUCUCUUUGCCAGCGUCAGUCCCCACAGUGCGCCUGGUGGCCCCCAGCACCAGCCCAAGGGCUACUCUGCAAGUAUGGAGGCUGCCGGGAUGAACUUCCCCAUGGCAGGGCCUGGGGGCCAAGGCCUCCCGCUGCAGGGCCCACACUACAGGCCGCACCUGCUGGUGCCCGGGGAGACCCUGGGCUACGGCGUGCAGCGCAGCCCUUCCUUCCAGAACAAGGUGUCGCCGGACACUGCGGGGUAUGCCAGUCUGGCUGCCAAGGGCCCAGGUGGGCAGCCAGGGGCCAACCACACCUUCCAGGCAGUGGGGGCCACAGCAGGUUUGUACAUGCCGCAUCCACACCACAAACAGGCCCCUCAGGUGCAUGUGAUGGUACCCCCACAGAGCCUGCUGGCCCCCUCCAGGAGCAGCCUCAAUGUGGACGUGUACGAGGCCGGCAGCACCCCCAUCCAGCCGUGGUCGGUGCCCACUCUGGCCCGGCGGGACUCUCUGCAAAAGCAGGUGGUAUUCCGGCCUGAGGGCCCUGUCCCCAGCAGAAGCAGCUCCUUCAACAACCACCAGCAGCCCGUGGCCGUAGCUUCCCCCAACACUAUCACGGCGGUUACGGCGGCACACAUUCUGCACCCAGUGAAGAGUGUGCGUGUGCUUCGGCCGGAGCCACAGACAGCCGUGGGGCCCUCCCAUCCAGCCUGGGUGCCCACAGCCGCUCCGGGGCCCGAGGGGCACGACUCCACUGAUGAGCAGCCCCCGCCCUUGGUGGGCGCGGGCCCCUACCCGCGGGACGUGGACGUGAGGUGCCCACCCCCACCCUACCCCAAGCACCUGCUGCUGCGGAGUGCAGCGGAGCAGGUGGACGUGGACUGCUUGUGUGCAGGGGUGGAGCAGCGGCUGCGGGGCGCUCCCUCUGAGCCCCCGGACAGGGGCCACAAAGGCACCAAGGCAGACCGAGCUGGGAAGGAUAAGAAGAUGAUCCAGACAUCUCCCGUUCCAGUUCGAAAAAACAGCCGCGAUGAGGAGAAGAGAGAGUCUCGAAUCAAGAGCUACUCACCCUAUGCGUUCAAGUUCUUCAUGGAACAGCACGUGGAAAAUGUCAUCAAGACCUACCAGCAGAAGGUCAACCGCAGGCUGCAGCUGGAGCAGGAGAUGGCCAGAGCCGGACUCUGUGAGGCUGAGCAGGAGCAGAUGAGGAAGAUCCUCUACCAGAAGGAGUCUAAUUACAACAGGCUAAAGAGGGCCAAGAUGGACAAGUCCAUGUUUGUGAAAAUCAAAACCCUGGGGAUCGGUGCCUUUGGGGAAGUGUGCCUGGCGUGUAAAGUGGACACUCACGCCCUAUAUGCCAUGAAGACCCUGAGGAAGAAGGACGUCUUGAACCGGAAUCAGGUGGCCCAUGUCAAGGCUGAGAGGGACAUCCUGGCUGAGGCGGACAAUGAGUGGGUGGUCAAACUCUACUAUUCCUUCCAAGACAAGGACAGCCUGUACUUUGUGAUGGACUACAUCCCUGGGGGCGAUAUGAUGAGCCUGCUCAUCCGGAUGGAGGUCUUCCCCGAGCACCUGGCCCGCUUCUACAUCGCAGAGUUGACUCUGGCCAUUGAGAGUGUCCACAAGAUGGGCUUUAUCCACCGAGACAUCAAGCCAGACAACAUUUUGAUAGAUGUUGAUGGUCACAUCAAACUGACAGAUUUUGGUCUCUGCACUGGAUUCAGGUGGACUCACAACUCCAAGUACUACCAGAAAGGGAGCCACAUCAGACAGGACAGCAUGGAGCCCGGUGACCUCUGGGAUGAUGUAUCUAAUUGUCGUUGUGGAGACAGGCUGAAGACCCUGGAGCAGAGAGCCAGGAAACAGCAUCAGAGGUGUCUGGCUCACUCCCUGGUUGGGACCCCAAAUUACAUUGCCCCGGAAGUGCUCCUCCGAAAAGGGUACACUCAGCUCUGUGACUGGUGGAGUGUUGGAGUGAUUCUCUUCGAGAUGCUGGUGGGGCAGCCACCCUUUCUGGCCCCCACUCCCACGGAGACCCAACUGAAGGUGAUAAACUGGGAAAACACACUCCACAUUCCAGCCCAGGUCAAGCUGAGCCCUGAGGCCCGGGACCUCAUCACUAAACUCUGUUGUGCUGCUGACCACCGGCUGGGGAGGAACGGGGCUGACGACCUGAAAGCCCACCCAUUCUUCAUCACCAUUGAUUUCUCUAGUGACAUUCGGAAGCAGCCGGCCCCCUACAUUCCCAAGAUCAGCCACCCCAUGGACACCUCAAAUUUUGACCCAGUAGAUGAAGAAAGCCCUUGGAACGAUGCUAGUGAAGACAGUACCAAGGCCUGGGACACACUCACCUCCCCAAAUAACAAGCACCCUGAGCACGCAUUUUAUGAAUUUACCUUCCGAAGGUUCUUUGAUGACAAUGGCUACCCCUUCAGGUGCCCAAAGCCUUCAGGAGCAGAGGUGUCACAAGCUGAGAACUCCAAUUUGGAAAAUUCCAAUCUGGUGGAUCAGACUGAAGGUUGCAAACCAGUAUAUGUGUAGACAGACUUGGCACUGACACCCAGGUGCCCAGGGCUGGUUCCUUAAAAGAUCUGGUGGACAGUUCAGGGCAGCUUUGUUAUCAACAGUUAAUCAUUGAUUACUUCACUUGAAAUUUUGAUCUUCACCAAAAAAACCCAAAACAAACAAAAAUGCUUUUUAAAAAACUCUAGUCUAGCAUAUCUUCAUUUCUAGAUUCUGGUUGAUAAGGGGGAUGGGUGUCAACAUGGCUUUGAAUUGGCCUUUGAGGACCUUCACUGCAUUGAAACAAUUUUUUAAAAAUUUAGUACAGUUUAAAAAGAGCACUUAUUUUGUUUAUAGUCAUUUUUUCUUACUAAAUUAUAGGGAUUAACUCUGACAAAUCAUGCUGCUGUCAUUUUAUACAUUUGUAUUUUAUCACAGCACUUACAUUUAUGAAAAGAAAUUAAAACUGAAAAACGUGAUAAGAAAUCUCUGUGCAAUAACAUUAAAAAAAGAUAACACUGUUUCAUGUUACUGAUACCAUUUUAUUCACACAAUGGUUUUUGUUUUUAUAUUUUUUCCUGCAUUUCAAAAUUGUGAUAUGUUAAAAGCUGCUUUUUUUUUUUUUUUGCAUAUUAUAGUAUCAUAGACAGUGUGAGCAACAUGACUCUGUUGAUGUAAUUUCUGAUGUCUGGUGUGUAGAGAGUGUUGCAUGAGCUGGGUCUUCUAUUAUAAAUGACCGUGUCUUGCCAUUCACAGCGGGUUCUGUGAGGAUGUUUUUAUACAGUAUCUAUAAAUGAGGCGUUGUAGACAGUGUGCGAUGACAUGCCAUAUGGGUGAUUUCACUGUGAUUGUAUCCCUUACUAUUUUGUUAAACGUAGGUGUGUAACUGAGAAGUGACUUUCUGUGUGUGCGUCUUGGGUAUGGUUGGAUUCUUCGGGGGCUAAACUUAAGCAUUCAUCAUAUACUAAACUUGUGUACAUCUAAAGGGAUUAAUUUAGCUAUGCCAAAAAGUUUGAAGUUAAUCAUGGAACUCUGUUUCACCAGUCUGCUCUCUCGUUCUUGGUGUAGCUGAUGUGUGGAAUCCAAUAGCUGCCACCCUACUGCCACCAGGUGGGCCCCCCUCAAGAGGUCUGCCUGAUGCUAUUUCUCUCGCUGUCUGAGACAGCUGUGAUCUUACCAUGGUGAAAUUUAGUAAUCUCGGCUUUUUUUUUUUUGGUGUGCUUUGAAGUGUCAGUCUUAACUUGGUUUUAAAAAUACACUUUCCUCAUCUUUGUAAAACAACGAUUAUUCAAAGUGACAUUGGAAUAAAAAAAAAUUAAGCCAUACAUAUUUUCUUAGAUGUAUAGAUGUAUAUAUAACAACAUAGAUAAACGUACAAAAUAUUCCUUAUUUCAAACUAGUAUGAAUCCUAUUUAAAGUGAUUUAUAUUUGAAUAAAACGUUCAGUUCUCUUUUGCUUUUUAAGAAUCCGAUGUAUCAUAUUUUCCUUAUAUUAUUCCACACAUUUUUCCUUGACUUUUUUAGCAUAAUGUAUUAAUUAUUUAGUAUAUAUCUAGGCAACAACACUUAUAAGUUUAUCAAUGUCUAAACUAUAAAGAAAAGAUUUUUGUGUACUGGUUUACAUUUUGUAUGAAUGGCAAUCUCGACAUGUGCUGUGCUUGUACCAUGACUGUCAGUAUUUCCGCUACUUUACAGUAAUGCCAUGUUGUUAUUUACAAGCGCUCUGACACACUUUUAUGUGGUAGGUUCUUUCUCAGGAACUCAAUUUAACUAUUAUUUAUUGAUAUAUCAUUGCCUUUGAAAAGCUUCUACUGGCACAAUUUAUUAUUAAAAUUUUGAAUACAAA